GCAACUGUCGAAAUCAGUGCCCGCAAUGGGUGUGCCGCCGACGAAACAUAUGCAUUGGGGCCACGAACAAUCUGACGAGGGAUUAGGCUUAAUUAGCCCCAAGCGGCCCUCCGCGAUCUUUUUUGCAGAUCUGGUGGAGGGAAAUUGCUGCGCGUGUCAGCAUCUUACAUGCGGAUCCUUGCGCGCGACUCUCACGAACGGAACGGAUGACCCUCGGACCUAUUAGGUCGUACAAACUUGACACCCAACACCAGUCGGCAUCUCUGGCGGGGACAAGACAUACAUUACCGAACCUACGAGCUAUACAUAUACUGCGCUGCGAGCGCUCGCGAGCUUGGUGUUGGAUAGAGCUUCCACGCCGAAGGACCGGCGCAUAUCCUCGAGCACGGCACAGCACACAAGUCCCUCGUUUCCGAUACAAAAGGCCAUGCCGCCAGAUAGUUCGUCCUUCACGGCCCUGAACCUGCCCAAUGACGCAGGUCUGCCGGAGUAUAUGGGGUCCUUUAACCUCGCAGCGCCGCCCAAUACCGAUCUGUGGAGAAAGCCGCCCUCGCGAGACACGUCCACCGCGCCCAUACUCUAUACCGCACUGCGCAACCCCUUCAUAGCCGCCGAAGUCACAGUAUCAGCCGAUUGGGAGCUAGAAUGGGAUCAGGGAGGACUGGUGAUAUUCGCAGGAGCACCUCCAGGCCGAGUUGCGAUAAUAACACCCCCCGAGACCGCGAACGACGCGACGUCAACAUCAACAUCCUCUCCGCCGACCAGCACCAGCAAUGGCGCGUCUACGCUCGCCAAUCCGAAUUCACCCCCGCUGCCGAUUUCGAAUGCGCAGAGUGCGGGGCAACAGCCCAGCUCUGUUACACAGAGACAACGUGGAGCUCCACCUCCAUACAUGCCUCCUGCACCAGUGUCCAAAUGGGUCAAGGUCGGCCUUGAGUUCUGCAAUGGCGCGUGCCACGCCACAUCAGUGGUCGCGACAUCGGACGGCGCGGACUGGGCUCUCACAGCCUUGCCUCCGCAUCAUGCACGUCGUAGCGACCUGCGCGUCAAGAUUGAGCGCAUCGGGUAUGCGCUGUGGGUCUGGUACGAGGACGAAGUGAGCGGGUGGAAGAAGUUGAGAGAGGUUACAUGGUUCUUUUGGGGCGUUGAGGAUAAGGCUGUGAGGGUGGGCGUGUAUGCGUCCAGGCCUGCGAAUUUUGGGACAAGCAUGUAUGACCGGCGGCAUGGGAUGCCCAGCGCGAGCCACAGGAACUUGUGUGUGGAUUUCGAGGGCUUGGAAAUUUUCUAAAGAGGGGGAUUAGGGUUCUCAUUUCUCGUCUCUGCUUGCAUGGUCCGAGGCUGGUCUCUUUUUUUCAGGUUGUGAUACCUUGCAUGCUACUCCUUUUUUCCUUCCCUCUGUCCUCUGUCUGCAUUACUUUCCUCUAGCCAUCUUCCUUCAUAGAUUGUCGACCCCUUUUCUCAUUCUAUUGCAUCUAUUUGGUAUCCUCUUGUCUUCGGCUCCACCGGCUUACCACUUUCCUGAUUCGCAGAUUCGGCCGUCCGUCAUCACCUCAUUUCCGCCUCCUCAUCCUUUCGACAGCGUGUCUUACUCUAAUCUGCUCACACACUUUACAAAUUCUUCACAGAAAUUUUUCUCUUCGCUUCCGCGGCUUACUGUCUCAGAUGACGGGCGACAGGCUUGCUCGCUCGCCUUUUGUAUCUAGGUAUGGUUAAUACCCCAGUUAUUUGGU